AUGGCGAGCUUGGCGAUGCAAAACCAUGAGACUCCCCUGGACCUUGUAGCCAGGAACUUGAAGAGCGAGAGGGUGGAGUCAAGAUGUGGAGCCUUGCGCGAGCUUGGCAGAAUGGGCAAGCGCAUGACGAAGAGAGACAUCGAACAAUCCCUAGUCCCCAUGCUCAGUGACUCUGAUGCAGCUGUUCAGGAGCAUGCUCUCGUUGCAUUGAGUGAGCUGCAAGGCCGAGCUCUCGACUAUGCACCGCUGGCAGCUACAAAGCUUGAGCAAAGCCGAACCAAAGAGGUCAAAAGGGCUGCCUUGCUUGCCUUGGGCUCUAUGGGACCAGGUGCAGCCUCCCAGGCUGGGUCUGCUCUGUCCUUCCUGAACCAUCAGGACCUGGACCUUGUUGUGGACGCUUGCUCCGCACUUGGAAAGAUGCGUGCUACCAACGCUGCGGAUGCAGUCAGCGCCAAGCUCUCAAGCUCCGACACGGAUGUUGUCUUCGCGGCCUGCAUGAGCUUGGCAGAGAUGGAUUGCAACUUGCAGGAUGUUGGAAAGCUCCUGAAGCAUUCAGAUGCCCGUGUUCGAUCUGCCGCAGUCAAUGCGGUCAAGAGCAUGACAGGCGCAGAGAGCUUCUCCUCCGAGAUUGUGCCGCUCCUUUCAGACUCAGAUAGUUAUGUCCGCCUUGGAGCUGCAGACUAUGCGUGCAGACUCGGCCCGAAGGCGGCAGACUUAGCAGUGCCAGCCGGCAAGUUGCUUUCGGAUUCCAAGCCGGGAGUUGUGGCGGCUGCCGCAGCUGCCCUGGGCGGCAUUGGAGAAAGUGCAGCUUCUCAAAUCCCAGCUUUAGAGCAAGCACUCCGCAAUGAUGGCGAGGACACAUCCACGCUGCCGCUAACAGUGGCCGGUGUGUCGCCAAAGCUAGCGGCUUUGCUGCGGAAACCAGCUUGUGCGGCAGCAGCGGCACUCGCAAACAUGGGCAGUGCUGGUGCCACAUCAGCGGCGAGACUAGUAGAGUGUCUGCAUGCAAAAGACUGGGAGGUGCGAGUAGCAGCCUUGCAUGCACUGAGCAAGAUGCCUGCAGCAAGCGCUCGCUAUGAGUACCACAUCUCGGACAUGCUCCGUGAUGAAGCGCCCCCAGUUGCUGCAGCCGCUUGCUUGGCUGUUGGGGAGAUUGCGGCUGCCACGGGCCAGGCCAACAACUCUACUGCGCGUGUGGUUGCCGAGCUCAUGGAGCAUCCGCAUCCGACUGUGCGAGCUCGGGCAGUCCAAGGGCUUGGAAUGAUGGGUGAUGAAGCCCAUGCGCACGUGGAGACCUUUGUGGCCUUGUUUGGCGACAGGGCUUGGAAUGUGCAGGCUGAAGCUAUCCGGGCAGUAGCAAAAUGCGGGGAGAUUGGACAGAUGUUUGCGCCAGACGUCUGCCGCAUGACAUACCAAGGGAGCUCCCCAGCUGUGCAGGUGGCAGCUUGUGAAGCACUCGCUCGGAUGGGACCUAGGGGUGCCUGCUUCAAGGAUGAAGUGUCCGCACUCGAAGACGACCAGUCAGAGGAAGUGAGAGAUGCAGCAAAGAAAGCUCUCAAGUUCUUUGAGAACAGUGACAAGGGUGCCUUGGUGGAUGGAGCACGGAAAGCUCUGACGGAAGAGGCGAUCGAACCGGAGGAGUGA